CAAUGUUUCAUCGCAUCAACGCAUCACACUGAAAGCGAGCCAACAGGAACGCAAGAAAUGGACUCCUAACCGAAUUGUUUUUUGCUGAUUUUGGUCUCAGUUGUGUUAAUAGAGCUGCUAGACCAUCCAAUUAUCAAAGUUUAGUCAUCGGGCUGGUGUCAUGGGCACCCAACCCCCCGAUGGAGCCACGAAGGACUGAUUACGGCCGCAAAUUAUUUUCGGGCAUUCCUCUGAUCAACAUGGCGGACCUCCACUUCUAAAAUGCGUGCGCCAAUUAACCAGCAGCCCAGGAGGCAAUUCGUGGUUUCCGGUUCUGGGCAGAUUGUUCAAGGACCAAACCAGCAACAGUUUCGAAUGGGACGUGUGUUCCAGGUUGUGAGCGGCGUUCCCGUGGUCGGCUCACCUCUCCAGGCGGGCAUCAGGCUGAUGGGCAGUCAGGGUAGCCCGCGCCCCAUUCUCAACCCUGAGCAUGUGGGUCGGCCGGUCGUACAGAGCAGGCCCGCGGGCGAACCCUUAGUCCGGCCGGGGCAGGCCACAACGGUGGCCACCUCUUCGAAUGCGGCGGCCAGCCUUCUCAGGCCUGUGGCCGUCGCGCAGCAAACGCCGCCGCUGCUGCCGAGGCCGCUUCCCUCGACUCCCGCACCUUCCACUGUUGUCAACGUUCCAGCAAGAAAAAGGCUGUACUCUGGGUCUGGUGAAAACGACGAGCCCCCGAACAAAAAGAAGAAGGUACUUGCUCACAAAACUAAAGCCAUCCAAUCUUUGAAGGACACCUUCAAUGAUAUUAUCUCCGAAUUGUAUUUCUUAAAAACUGGAGGCAAUAUUAUGGACUACCAUGUCUUCUGUAAAAGACCGUCGUUGCAAUUUAAUGAGUUCACCAAAACUCACAAACUGGACGAGAAUGAACCAGUGAGUGAACUUGCGACUAGCACGCCCGAGACAAAAUCCUCGAUGCCCUCUCAAUCCUCGGAUGCAAGACCUUCCCCACUGACUCGUUUUGCCCCAGUCAAGGUACAAGCCAUCUCAUCUAAGCAAGUGCAGAGCGUGUCGUCAUCGAGUCUGACAGAUUCCGCCUCCAGCAGUCAGCAAAGCAAGAUGGCAGAGAAGGCGAAACAGGAAGCGUAUAUAAUGCAGAGAAUAAGCUCACUGCAGAAGGAUGGUUUGUGGUCAGAGAAGAGGCUUCCCAAGCAGCAGGAACCACCUCGGGCCAAAGCUCAUUGGGACUAUGUGCUCGAGGAAAUGAUUUGGCUGUCAGCCGACUUCGCGCAGGAGAGAAAAUGGAAGAAGAACGCAGCUAAAAAGUGUGCCAAAAUGGUCCAGAAGCAUUUCCAGGAUAAACAGAUUCAAGCGCAGAGAGCAGAAAAGAGCGAGGAGCUGCGGUUAAAGAAGAUCGCAGCAUUUAUCGCGAAAGAGGUGCGUAACUUCUGGAACGACAUCUCCCGCAUUGUGGAGCACAAGAACAAGGCACUGCUAGAAGAAAAGAAGCGGAAGGCGCUGGACCAACACCUCAGCUUCAUUGUGGACCAGACGGAGAAGUAUUCUUCUCAGCUUGCCAAGGAGAUGGGCAGGCCGGAGCUGCAAGAAUUCAACUCGGUAGCAGGCAGCCUCGCGUCAGACGAACACGGUCCAAACUCAGACGUCGAGUUCGAGCCAAACGCCAGUUCUGAUGACGACGAGGAGACGAUCGCCAGGGCUGAGGGCCAGGUCGAGGAGAAGGAGCAGACUGAGGAGGUGAAACUACUGGAGCAAGAGUCCACCCUCCCCCUCGACGAUGUCAUCAACAUGCUGCCCCCUGAAGUGCGUGACGCCAUCAUGCAGGGCAAGAUGGCCACACUGGACACCAAUGAGUCUAAAGAAGAUGACGAUGAGCAGGAUGGAAAGGAUGACGAUGACGACUUUGAAAGUGCACAAAGCUCUUCAGAUGAUGAAGAGACGAUUCAGGAACAAGAGAAAGAAGAGGAACACGUCGAUCACAAGAAAGAACUAAAGGAGCUUGAGGACGACAAUAAUCUUACGGUUGAAGAAUUGCGGGCAAAGUACGCAUCUGUUCCCAGCUCAGAUACAACAGAAUCAAUGGAAGUUGAGGAGUGUGUGGAUUCUGAUGACGAGGACGAUAAUGAUGAAGAUAUGUCCGAGUCUGUAGAAACUGGUGACAAGUCGAGCGCAGAGGAAGAUGAAGAAGUGAGCGAUGAAGAGGAUGAUGACGAAGAUGAGGGAGCGGAGGAGGAAGAACCAGAAGAGGAAAAAGGCACUGACCUUAAGAGUCUCAUAGAAAAUUCUGAAAUGACUGAUGUUGACCGUCUCGCUCACACUGCAGAAGAGUACCAGCCCAAAGGCUAUACUCUGUCCUCAACCAAGGUUGAAACCAAAGUUCCAUUCCUGUUGAAACAUGGCUUGCGCGAGUACCAGCAUGUAGGCCUUGAGUGGUUGGCAACCAUGUACAACAAGAACCUGAACGGAAUCCUGGCUGACGAAAUGGGCCUUGGUAAAACAAUCCAAACUAUAGCGCUACUGGCGCAUCUUGCGUGCGAGAAAGGCACAUGGGGUCCACAUUUGAUUGUGGUGCCCACAUCUGUGAUGCUCAACUGGGAGAUGGAGUUUAAAAAGUGGUGUCCUGCGUUCAAGAUCCUCACCUACUAUGGCUCGCAGAAGGAGAGGAAGGCCAAGAGGACAGGUUGGACAAGAGAGAAUGCAUUCCACGUAUGUAUAACGUCGUACAAGCUUGUGAUCCAAGACCAUCAAAGCUUCCGGCGAAAGAAGUGGGUUUACUUCAUUCUUGAUGAAGCUCAGAACAUAAAAAAUUUUAAGUCACAACGGUGGCAGCUGCUGCUCAACUUCCAGUCGCAAAGGCGGUUGUUGUUGACCGGGACGCCGCUGCAAAAUAAUCUGAUGGAGUUGUGGUCGCUGAUGCACUUUCUGAUGCCCCAUGUAUUUGAGUCUCACAAGGACUUCCGCGAGUGGUUUUCCAACCCGCUGACGGGCAUGAUCGAGGGUAACAACGAGUUCAACGAGAACGUGCUUAAACGGCUGCAUAAGGUGCUGCGGCCCUUUUUGCUUCGACGACUGAAGAGUGAGGUUGAGAAGCAGAUGCCCAAGAAGUAUGAGCACAUUGUCAUGUGCCGCCUGUCCAAGCGCCAGCGAUACCUCUACGACGAUUUCAUGUCCAGAGCAAAGACGAGAGAAACUCUAGCUAGCGGCAAUUUGCUCAGCGUCAUCAAUGUCUUGAUGCAGCUGAGGAAGGUGUGCAACCAUCCAAACUUGUUUGAAGUCCGGCCGAUCAUUUCUCCCUUCCAAAUGGAGGGCAUCGACCUGCACAUUCCGUCGCUCGUCUAUCAUGCUCUUGAUUACAACCACAUAAAGGACAUUGAUCUGGCUGCUGUUAAUCUAUUGCGAAUAAAUUUUGAGUAUACGACGACAGCCUAUGUUGCGCACAGGGUAAAGCGGUACGCGACUAAUAAAAGAACGAUAGAGGAAAUUGACCAGAUGCCUGAGCCACCGCCACCCACCCCGCAGGGCAAGAUUAAGCUGAACGUGCGAGCAAAUCCGUCCAUCCAGCCCAAACCUGUUUCCGUCACUCAGAGCUCUAACUUCAUGUUAAAGGUGAUGCCUGGGACGUCUCCCGUCUUUAAGCAUGUGACUGUGAAAACUAAUGGAGGCCAACCAGUGACGAUCAAGCUGAAGACGAACAACGCUGGCACGCCUCUGCCCUUGCAAGUGUUCCAGAGCGCUGAGGGCGGUCUCAAGGCCCUGCAGGUGGCUCCGAUGAACGUGGCUGGUUCUGCAGCCGUGCUUAAGACGGUGGCGCGGCCCGCCACCACUUACCCACAACUCGUGCAGACUGCUGAAGGGAAGUUGUUCAUGACUGCGCAGCAGCCUGCUGGUGUAUCUGGGGCUGCUCUGGCCGCCGGACGUCCCGUGCUCAGGGUACCGCCCAUGCAAGCUAAGGUUACAACACCUCUCGUCUGCAAGCCUAAGGAAGCCGGCGCCCCUGUCGUCAGGUCGCCUGCCCAGAUUUCGCUCUCUUCGCCCCGCAGCCUCGUCACUAAUAUGACCGACUCGGUGCGCAUCGGCUUUGAAGCUCCCAAGCCUAAGUCGCAAUUCUAUCUGGACGACAUUGAGAAGGCAAGAAAGCAGAUGCGUAAGGACAAGCUGAACCUGCUGAGCCGGAUCAACGCGUACCACAGCGAAUCGUGCCCCCUGUUCGGGGAAGACCUGCUAGACUCGUGCGACAUGGUGCACUCGUUUGCCAAACCAACCACCAUGUUCUCACCAUUCCACUGGAGGCAGAGCACGGGCCUAAUCAACUGCAUGAAGGCGCAAGACGAUAUGCUCCAGAACGAACUCUGGGUCGUCACUAACCCGCUGCGUGACGCCAUAUACUCCCAUGACGACAGGGUACAGCAGCUCUCUGACGUUAUAAGCAGAUUUGUACUGUUCGUUCCGGCGGUUAAUGCGCCAGUGCCAAGAGUGCACGCAUCACACGGACAUCCAUCUAAGCUGAGAACGGAGGCUCUGCGCGAAGAGGCUCUGUGCCAUGAGCUGGUUCCGCGCUCCAAGUUGCUGCACCCUAUAAUCAACAACAUGAGCACGCAGUUUCCAGAUCCUAGACUGAUUCAAUACGAUUGUGGCAAACUACAAGUCCUAGACAAGCUGUUGAGAGAGUUGAAGAGUGGUGGACACCGGGUGCUGCUGUUCACCCAGAUGACGCGGAUGCUGGACGUCCUCGAGUCGUUCCUAAACUACCACGGAUACAUUUACCUUCGUCUUGAUGGCACCACCAAAGUCGACCAGCGAAUGGUUCUCAUGGAGAGAUUCAACAAUGACAAGCGCAUUUUCGCGUUCAUCCUAUCUACAAGGUCAGGCGGCGUAGGCGUUAAUUUGACCGGCGCGGACACAGUUAUCUUCUAUGAUAGUGACUGGAACCCAACAAUGGACGCGCAGGCGCAGGACAGAUGUCAUCGUAUCGGCCAGACCAGGGACGUUCACAUUUACCGUCUUGUUAGUGAAAUGACCGUGGAGGAAAAUAUUCUGAAGAAAGCCAACCAGAAGCGGCUACUCGGAGACCUCGCCAUCGAGGGUGGAAACUUCACCACCGCCUAUUUCAAAAACUCCACGAUUCACGAGCUUUUCAACGUGAACGUGAGUGAGAGCAGCGCAGCAAGGCGAAUGGCGGAUGUGCUUGAACACACACAACAGCAGCCUGAAAGCAUGCUCAAGGUCUACUCUUCGGAUGACAACACGCAAGAGGAUGAGAUGGUCACGAAAGACAAGACGGCUGUAAAUAAUUUGGAAAGCGUCUUGGCCGCGGCUGAGGAUGAGUCGGAUGUGAUCGCGGCGAGAACAGCACGCGCAGAGGUGGCUGCCGAGCUUGAAGAGUUUGACGAGAACGUCAACAUUGAGGAGAAACCGGAAACGGAAACUCUAAGCAAGGCGGAACAGGAGUUCCAGAAUCUGGUUGUAAAUUUGAAUCCGGUGGAGCGGUACGCUCUAAAAUGGGUGGAGCAGUCUGAGGCGUCCUCAGCGGCAGAGCAACUGGCGGCGACAGAGGCAGAGAUGGAGCAGCAGAAAAGGGAGUGGGAGUUGCAAAGACUGAAGGCGGCCGAGGAGCAGCGGCUAGCGGAGGAGGCAGAGCAGAUGACCGCCAGUCAGGACCUGCUGACGUACUCAUCGCGCGAUGCCAGAGCACAGAUUUGGAAAUCUGGAGAGGAUGUUAUGCCUAUGUGGUGCCCGCCUACUCCGCCUCAGGAGGCCACUGACGUCUACAUAGACCACAAUUUGGAUUUCUUGUACGAGAGCGCACCCAUGCCGGAAGACAAGUUGCCCAGUUUCCACACGAAGCAAAGCCUGAAGAGGGCCCGUGAUUAUGUGCCUGGCAUCGACAGGGACCGCCGACCUUUCAAUAAGCUCCGGAGGAUCGACGAGGUUGUCAGCAGUGCACACGCUGCUAGAUCACUGUUCGACCGGCCGUCGCCAGCGCUGCUCAAGAUCCGCAAGGAGUGGAAGAACCAGAAGCUGCGGGGCAUCGGUGGCGCCUCCCGCUUCACCUCUUUGGCGCCGCUCACGGCCAACCUGCUGCAGCAGCAGCGGGCGGCGUUGGUCGCCAAGCCGCAAAUGAACGUGCAGCCGGACAACCAGCCACCGUGGCUGAUCUUCGAGGACUGGGCCCUGCUGCAGACCAUGCAAAAUAUGCAGGAGAUCAACCCAAACAUCGUCAUAAACCCGGGACACACGCCCAACUUUGACCUUAUGUCCGACAUGGUCAACACAGUCUCCAGAAACUUUCGCUCGCAGAAGCAGUGCCGCCUCAGGUGUGAGACUGUCAUUAUGCCGAGAGAGGAGGGAAGAGUGCAACUUGAGCCAAGCCCUAAAAAGCUCAAGAAGCACAAAGGCCUUCACAAGGCACAGCAGCCUGGAAGACCGCUGCGCACGUCGCAGUUGUUUGCUCAGGACAAUGGUGCCUCUUUCACAAAGGACAUGACUGACCGAUUUGACGUGAUUUUGGGCAUUGCUGCGAAACGCGCUCCACCCGUCAAGCCCAUGCACCCAGCUGCAGUCAAAAACACCAAGCUGCCAGCGAUCCUGGCCGAGCAGGGCAUCAACUUUGACCAGCCGCUCACGCCCAUCGAGGUCAUCCUCAAGCGCAACGAGAAGAUCAACAAGGUCAAACACCAACAGAAUAACCUGGCCGAACAUUAUCGCCUGCAAAACCAAGUUCAAUCAGGCGGACAGGUAGCAAAGUUGGUCAGUGGCCAGGCUGCGAGCACUUCUUCAUCCUCGUCCCCAGCGUCCUCCGUGGCCGCGAUGGCCGUGUCGUCACCGGCAUCAUCCCCGGCGACACCACCUCCAAACGCCAGCACUUCCAACAGUGGCGUCGCGCCGGUCGUGGUCAACAUCUCGCAGCACCCUACGGCGGUAUCGCAGACCGUAACAGGGGCCGUCGCGACCGCCUCCGCUCAGGCCUCCGGGGGCGGCGCCACUCUGCAGAGUGUCAGCCAGCAGAUCCGUUCGCCGCGCACGACGGUGGCGUUGACCGUACAGUCGCCAGGUGGGAAUUUGGUGCCAGUCACACAGAUUCCGGUCCAGCAGGCCCAGCGCUUCACCACCGCCAGUCUGGUCGCAUCACACAAUGCAGGCAAAGGUGGAACGCUGGUGUCUGGCAAGAGCCUGACGCAAGCACAGGUGAACAGCCUGUUCCGGCAGCAGCAACUCUUGCAGCAGAAGAAGCUGCAGGCGGCGGCGGCGGCCGCAGCUGCCAACGCCGAAGCCGGAGGGUCCGUGACCGCAACCAGGACCGCCACAAUAGCAAGCUCAUCCGGAGGGACGGCGACCAUCGUCAGCCAGAAGGCUGGUGCACAAGGAGCGGCGGGAACUGCGUCGCUCACCGCGCUCCAGCUCCACCAACGCACUCCUAUCCAGUACCAGAAGCCAACAAGCAUUGUGGCGGCCGGGAAAGGAGCAAGGACUAUGUCAGAGGCUGACUUAAACAUCCUGCUCAAGCGGCAAAUGUUGCAUAACCAAAAGCCGGCAGCCGCUGGUACAACGGCCACGUCGUCAGGUGCCAGUUCACCGGCACAAAUCCAGGCUUCGGGCAGCACCUCCUCCCCUCAACUCACCCCACAAACCGUGCAGUUCAAAACGGCCGUGGCUCCGACAGCUCGGGCGGGCGCCAAUACUCAGCAGCAGGUGCGCCAAAUGAUGAUCGCCCAACGAAAAUUGCCUCAAGGAAAGGUGAUACUGCAAGGCAACCAGAAGCACAUAUCGGCGGUGACGAUGCAGCAGCUGCAGGUGUUAAGGCCUGGCGGCGGCAAUUCUCCGAUUGUGACGCACGCGGUCGUGACGAAAAACGUGGGCGGCUCGGUGCAGCGAGUAAUACCCGUGGGCACGACCACCGGCAACCCGCAGCUCAAGCAGCAGACCUUCCAGGUGGUCACGGCGGGAGGGCAGCAGAUCACUGGCCGAUCCGGCAACCAAGUGCUCACCUUCCAAGACGCCUCCAUCAGGCAACCUGUCAGCGUCACCCUGUCCAACAGGGCCGGCGUCUCUCCCGCGCAAACGCAAGCGCUCAUAUCGCAGGUGACUGCAGCGUUAAACAACAGCCCAACCAUCCUCCGGCAGGGUUUCAUUCCUGGCCAGGGUCCAGUGCGGAUCACUUCUCCUAGCCUGAUCCAACAGCAGAAGCAGGCGACAGCCACGGUGACUGCUGCGGCGACCCAAGACAACACUACGGCGACAGCGUCUACGUCCGCUGCACCGACCACAGCGUCUCCAGCCGCGCAACAACAGCAGAAUCCAAGCACGGAUUGAAUGAAUUUCCUUCUGGCGGAAUUUUAAACUCAAUUUAAAAAACGAGUGGUAUAUAGUUAGAUGUUUACGUUUAAAUGGCCAGAGAGAGGCUCAUUGCGAUCCUUAAUAUUUAUUCUUUCGUGAAUUUGGAAUUGAAUGUUGCUUUUUAUUGGAAUAAAAAGUGCAGCCAA